AUGGCGCCCGGCGCUGAGGGGAGUUCCGGUGCCACCAUGGCGGCGACGCGGCUGGAGCUGAACUUGAUGCGGCUCCUGAGCCGGUGCGAGGCGCUGGCGGCGGAGCGGCGGGACCCCGAGGAGUGGCGGCUGGAGAAGUAUGUGGCUGCUCUGGAGGACAUGCUCCGGGAGCUGAAGAAGCAGUCCAGCAAGCCAGCCCCUGAACUGCUGAAUGAAUACUCUCGCAAAGUGGACUUUUUAAAGGGACUCCUAGAAGCUGAAAAAUUGUCUUCAUCCACAGAAAAAGCUCUGGCCAACCAGUUCCUGGCCCCGGGGCGCACCCCGACGACAGCCAAGGAGAGAACCCCGGCCACCAAAACCGUGCACCUGCAGACCAAGGCGCGCUGCACGGGCCAGAUGAGGAGCGAGCUGCUCGGCACAGACCCCCUGGCUGCUGAUGAUUCUGAGGAAUUGAACAUAAGGAGGCGAAAAGGCCUCACAUCAGACGAGAAGCAGUCGGCAGUGGAGCUGGAUGCUGUGCUGCAGCAUCACCAGGACAUGCAGGAGAAGCUGGCUGAGGAAAUGCUCAGCUUGGCUCGCAGCCUCAAAAACAACACCCUGGCUGCCCAGAACGUGAUCAAACAGGACAACCAGACACUGUCACACUCCCUCAGGAUGGCAGACCAGAACUUUGAGAAGCUCAAGGAUGAAUCCGACCGCCUGGAACAACACGCCAAGAAAUCUGUCAACUGGCUGCUGUGGAUAAUGCUAAUUGUAGUUUGUUUUAUAUUCAUCAGCAUGAUUCUCUUCAUCAGGAUUUUCCCCAAACUGAAAUGAAAAUUUUAUUUUACUUAAAGCUGGCUGUAGUGCAGUGGGAAAGCUCAGCUGGUGUGAGAACUGUCAUAGUCUUAGAGGCUGUGCAAGGCCUGCCUUGCAUCUCCCAGUGGAGGAAGGCUUUCCUGAGGAAGGCUUUCCACACUUCCAUUCUUGUUUACUUGGUGACUCUUGUUGCCUCUUGCAACAACAGUCAACCUGUGAGGUAAGGAUGAGAAUUUACACUGAGCUGCUAACAAGUUCUUUAGUGGAUAAAUACAUUUUUAAUGUGUUUGUGACAAAUGUUAUGACUCCUAAAAGGCAUUUAGUCAAUACAAAGUUAAAUAACA